AUGGACCUUGAAGCCGGACUGCAAGAUGGUGGCAAAAUCAUGUUGAGCCAGAUGGACGCCGAUGGAAGAAGCCGUCGACAUAAGGGGACAAAGGGUGUCGAACAAAUCGAAGAUGUCCGCCCUACCUGCUGCAGCCAAAUUUGUUGUCCUUCACACCCCAACGACAACACGGUUCAGAAGGGUCAUUCGGGACAUCAAGACCUCUCUGUAAGGCUGCUUGCAGUGGUGACUGUGUCUACCCCCCACGAGCAUGGUCGCCAAUUCGCUCUGAAGAGAGCUACCGUGCUUCAGUCUUCGCGUCACGUGGGGCCUCGCCGCAUUCGCAUGGCUUGUGUGGCCUCGGGCAGUACAGCUUGCCAAGGAUCUCGGUCACUUUGGCCAAUAUCAAUUUGGUUCGAUGAGCGAAGAGCCGGAAAAUUCACGUGUGAGGCYCAAACCCCUAGGUGGGAUGAAGAUGAUCAACACGUUGUUGGUGUCUCCAAGGUCAAGGUUUUGGCGAUGCUCAGUCAUACGUUUGCGUCCUUCUCCCUCGAUGAGGGCCUACUUGCGAAUGUCAGCGUUCAGUCAGGUACCAUCGAUUUAUCGUAG